UCCAGCCUGGGCAACAGAGCAAGACUCCAUCUCAAAAAAGAAAAGAAAAAGUCUGUCUCAUGGAGUUGUUGUAAUGAUUAGUGACUUGACUCUACCCAGUGUGGCACUAGUGCUGGAUUUCCAAGACCACCCACAGGUUCAGUGAUUCCUAAGAGACACAAGGGACUCUACUUAUAGUUAUACUUAACAGUUCUGAUUUAGUACAAUGGAAGCAAAAUCAGCAAAGGGAAGAAGUGCAUGGGACAAAGUCCGUAGGAAACCCGGUGCCAAUGUCCAAGAGGCCUCUCCCAGUGGAAUCACACAGAACGCACUUCAUUCUUCCACUGCCAAAUUGUGCAACACGUGUAAAAUGUCACCAAUCAGGGAAGCUCAUUAGAGGUACCCUGUACUCAAAGUUUUUACCAUGACAUGCUGGUCAUGUAGGCAUCCUCUGCCUAGCACAUACCAAAAUUCUAGAAUCAUAGAGGGAAAGCUGGUGUUCUGCGUAAAGUAUCUUUUUUGUGUUUGAUUUUUUGAAAAAAAAAAAAUUUUUUUUAUAGAGACAGGAUCUCACCAGGCUGGUCUUGAACUCCUAGACUCAAGUGAUCCUUCCGCCUGUAAUCCCAAAGUGCUAGAUUGUGAGCCCUGGGCCCGCCAGCAAAAACUAUCUUGUUUGCCUGCGCAGUUGAGGAACAGUGUUAGGAAAUGAUGGGAACCAUCUCAAAAUCCAAGUUCUCAACUGUCAGCCAGCCAUGGCCUGAUCUAAGACUUUUCUAAGCCCAGGCUCUAAGGAGUCUCAGGCCUGCUGUUUUAACUGUUUUCUGCACAGCACUCAAAGUUUAUUUCCUUUUUGAUUUUGAGAGAUGGGAAGGCUGAGUUUCACAGAGGUUGGGUGGCCUUCUCAAGGACACACAGCUACCAGGUAGCCAGGCCAAGAUCUGGAAUUCAGGUGUCAUGGAAGACCCUGAGAAAAUCUCUGUGGAGCCAGAAGACCUUCUGCUGUUCAACACUGUCCAGAACCUUCUGCAGUGACAGAAGUGGUCUAGAUACUGGAAAUGCGCCAUCCAGUACAGCAGCCACUAAGCACACAUGACUACUGAGCACUAGAAAUGUGGCUAGUACCACUAAGGAGCCGAAUUUGUAUUUAUUUUUAAUGUUUAAUUCAUUUAAAUAGCUACAUGCAGCUGGUCGCCACCAUACUGGGCAGUACAGUUCUAUACUAUAAUGUAAUGGAUUUUUCUUCAAUUGGGAAGCAGGUGGGAUAAAUAGAUCUUGGUUCUUGUUCUGUACUAAGGAAUGCACUGGUCUAUGUGUUCCUCUCACCAGAUGCCCUUGUGUAUGUGCAACAGGGGAAAAUAACAUGUCAUGUCUGCAAGUUCCCUGAAAAAAAAAAAGGCCCUUUCCAUUCAGCAAUUAGGCAAGCUUGGUUUCAUUGUUAUUAAAGAAAGGAGCUUGCCUGACUAAACGUAGAGCAUUAAAGCUGCCCCCGUGGGGGAUUCGGAGGCCCGUCUUGGUGAAGCUACCUUGCUGGACUCAGGCUGCCUCCUCUCGGCUUCUGACCUGCACAGCCGGUUCUCGGGCCUCUGUGUUAUCACAAAACGGGGUGUGCCCGCAAGUCAGGAUGACCUUCUACCCACGUGCGUCUUCUCUGUCUGCCUUAGUGUGAGGUGCUCAUGAGCAGCCAGACAACCAGAAGCCCAGAGAAGGGGAGAAGAGACUUUAAGAACCUGUAGGGCUAGUUAGAACACUAAACUUCUCUUCUGUCUUCAUCCUGACACCAGGAGGUGAUGUGGGCCCAGGGGGUGGGUCUGCUGCAGGCCAAGGAGAGCUCAUGGAUGAUGAAGAGGCUGGAGAGCUAGCAUGGGGGUUAUAAACACCAGCUCUGGAGCAAAUAACCUCAGUUGGUAUCCUGGUUCCCAUGCCUUAGGAAAGUUACGUAAGGUCACUGAGCCUUAGUUCCUCAUCUGUAAGAUGGGAAGAAGAUUAUUGGGAAAAUUAAGUGGGAGUAAUAAUAAUAUCAGCUGUUGCCUCUGGGGCUGUGCUUGCCUGCGAGCCACAGCAGGCUGCAGAUGACAGGAAACACAGUGGGAGCUGGAGUUGCUGCUGACUGGGCGCCCCUCCAUUCCAGCAAUUCCCUUUCUGUUUGAUGUCCGUGAACAUCACCCACAUGGCCAUCCAGGCCUUGAGAAAGGAGUGUCUCGCCAGAGAGUGUAAUCGGCAGCAGCAGGUCAUCCCCGUGGUGAACAGCUUCUAUGCCGCCACAUUCCUCCACCUUGCACAUGUCUGGAGGACACAGCGGAAGACCAUCUCAGACUCCAGCUUUGUCCUCAAAGACUUGGAAGUAUUGGCCAAGAAGAGCCCACGGUGGCUGCUGAAGACCCUGGAGCUGUACUUGGCCAGGGUGUCAAAGGAACAGGCCUCCUUGUCGGGGGCACAGAAGUUCUGUGGGCCAGAAGCCCCUCCCUUCAAGGAUCUCACCUUCACAGGCAAGAGUGACCUGCAGCCUCACUCAUCCUAAGGCAUAUGGCUGAUCUGAACUCCGAGAUGGAUGGAGGUUUAAAGGCUGAGCUGCAGGGGCUUUCAGAGGGUCAGUGGAAACCAUGUCAGGAGGCUGGCCGGGCCGCACCUCUUGCUGUCUCAGCAGACGGAAUAUAGGAAGCUCCUGGGCUUAGCUGUGGAAAACCAGUACCCUCACUGGGAUGGGACAUGAGGGGCAGCUAGACUUCACCCCCUCCCCACAGACCUGCCUCCAAAGCAAGGAGAAUUCUGCUUUAAUCUGUUGGGCUCCAGUCUCCAAGGUUGAGUUCCAGUGUAUCCCACUGGGAGUGAAUGGAUCAUGAGGUGGGAUGGCCCCAUCUGGAUGUUCUGCAGAUCCACACAUGGAAGGAGAUUCCCAAGUAGAGGCAGCCAGAAUUCUAACUCCCUGGCAGCGGCAGGGCUUUCAGGCGCUGGUGUCUGUGUUGUUAGAACUCAGAGGAAGAGGGUAGGGGCAGCACCCGAUGGGCAGCAUGAUCCAAGCAAGGGGCCUGAGUCCUCAGUGGGGCUGGGGCACGGAGGUACCUCACCAGGUGGGUGUCAGGCCCCCUCUAGAGUUUCUGGCCAUUCACUUACCACUGUGUUCUCCCCCUGACCCCCGCUCCAUUGUUUAUGAUGGGAAAAUGGACAUUUGGCUAGGUGUCUCUCGUGGCUGCUCCAUCCUAGCCCCCGCAAGCUGGGGCUUCCUCGUGUAGAGGCUGUGCCCGCCCCAUGAUAGGUUUCUGGCCUAAUUGAGGGAAUGAGGAAAUUCAUACCAGCAGUUUUCAAAUAAAGGAAUUGUUCUAAUU